AACAGUUCGAAGUUAGCUCUCGAUGGGAGAGGAUCCUCUGCCACUAUACGGCGUCGAACAACGACAAUCGGAAACGUUCGGCUUUUAUUGUUGACGAGAAUAGUUUCAGAAUUUUAGCAAUCACUAAGUAGUCAGUUUUUACGCUAAAAACAUAAGAAAAAGGACUGAAUUUUUGUGAAGUUAGUGCAACUUUUUCCGGACAAAGUGUAAUUGAUGGAUAUAAUAUCGAUGAUGAAGGUUUUUGUUUAGUUUUUUUUUUGUUUUGAUGGAAAACUGAACUGCUUCAAUGUAUCCAUGAAAAACUAGUUGAAAACGUGAAAAAUGAGAAGCAAAAGUGUGCCAGUCAAUUUGUUGAUAAGAAAAAUUCAUACUGCUUUAGGGGAAGGAGGGGAGGAAGGUUCGCCUGAAGAAGGCGAUGACAAGCUUGAAGGUGAAGAGGAAGCAGGUUCUAUGACCCCUACCUCUACAUCUCCUGCACCAGCUGAAGACGACGGCCAAUCACCACCUCCUGGUGGCGUGCCAUUAUCACCCACCAGUCCCAGGAGUAUAAAUGAGGAUUCUACUUUAAUCAGAGAACCAUCCUCCAGGUGCCAAUCAAGAAACUCCGCCGAUUCCGAAUCUCGUUGUCCUUCUGGCGAAAGCGAAAGAAUGCUGGCUGAACGCGCCGCACUUCUUCAUGGAGUUCCUCUGGGAGCUGCCUUAAGUCCAGUCGGAGUUGCUCUACCACCAUCAAUUCCUGCAGGUUUGUUACCGUCACAAAGUGCUGCUAUGGCCGCUUAUAUCAACGCAGCAGCUGCUGCGGCAGUACAAUCGCACCGGCUUAUGAUGACUUCGCCAUUACCUGGAGGUUUUAGUAGGGCACCAGUAUCUCCUUUAAUAUCCUCUUCGUCAAGUCCUCCAGGUUUACAUCAUAAUGAUUUAUCGCCUAACGCGGAAGGUAUUUUGGACUUCAGUAGGAAGCAUAAAAACGAAGAUAGUGAUACUGAUAUAAUGAAUUUAAGUAAGCCUGAUACUCCACCAAGUGGCGAAGGUACCCCUUUAGAUUUGUCAGUGAGUAGCCGCAAAAGAACCUCAGACGAACCUUUGCAUCAACCCCCUCAACGUAAGCCGAAGAUUGAGUUUAAGCCAACGAUACCUCCAUGGCCCCCAGGACUUGGCGCUCAACACCUUCCAUAUUUCGCAGCAGCAGUAGCAGCUGCAGGAUUAUCACCUAAAAACAAUCCUGCAGAGCUAUGGAAUGGUAAAAUCAAACAUACUCCACCAGCACCAAGUGAAGCUACAAAAGCAUUGGAAAAAAUGAGCGAACUAAGCAAAAUUGGUGGUGAGGAUUUGUUUAGAACUAUGGCCAGUUCAGUCCCAGGGAAUUCCACGAGUAAUAGACACAGUGCAUGGCAAAGCCAUUGGUUGAAUAAAGGAGCAGAACAAGCCAAAGACGUGUUGAAAUGUGUCUGGUGUAAACAAAGCUUCCCAAGCCUGGCAGCUUUGACCACUCACAUGAAAGAAGCCAAACAUUGCGGUGUUAACGUUCCCGUCCCUCCAAUGCAAUCGGCUAUACCUUCUCAAUCUCAAAUGACGUCUCCAUCUAACACAAGUACGUCAUCUACUAGCUCAAGCAAGCCCAAUCAAGAUCUGAAUAUGUUAAUAAAAGAAACAAUGCCCUUACCGAGGAAGUUGGUUCGAGGCCAGGAUGUUUGGUUGGGAAAAGGAGCUGAACAAACUAGACAAAUUCUGAAAUGCAUGUGGUGUGGACAAAGCUUCAGAUCUUUAGCUGAAAUGACUAGUCACAUGCAACAAACCCAACAUUACACUAAUAUAAUUUCCCAAGAGCAAAUUAUAUCGUGGCGGUCAACUGAUGAUCCUAAAGGUAGUGGAAGUGGUGCCAGUAAUAACCAAACACCUCCUGGAGGCACUAGUAGUCAUGUAAGUGCUGUUUUAACUUGUAAAGUUUGUGAUCAAGCUUUUAGCUCGUUGAAAGAACUGAGCAAUCAUAUGGUGAAAAAUUCUCAUUAUAAAGAACAUAUUAUGAGAUCUAUAACUGAAAGUGGUGGUAGACGAAGGCAGACAAGAGAAAAACGUAAAAAAUCAUUACCAGUGAGGAAACUAUUGGAAUUAGAGAGAGCGCAGCAUGAUUUCAAAAAUGGUGAAAGUGCAACCACCUUAUUAGAAAAAUUGCGUGAUUCGUCAGGAGCUGGACGAAUUACUUGUGAAAAAUGUGGCAACAAAAUUGAAACCACUUUAUUUGUUGACCAUAUAAGACAAUGUGUUGGAGGUAUUUCCACAAAUCAAAGAAACUUUUUGAAAAGUGCUUUGAUGACUAACAACGUCAUUCUACCCCCAGAGAGUCCUGAAAGCACUAAAAUUAAAACUCCAUCGUCUGAAAAAUCACCAUCACCCACCCAAAGAUCUCCUUCAGUAUCCGAAAAAGAAUCAGCAAAUAUACCAUCAUCAACUGAAACCAACAACGGCUCAAGCCCUUCAGUUUUAAAUGCCAUUGAAAAAUUAAUUGAAAAAAGUUUCGAUUCAAGAUCCAGGCAAAACCCAGCAGGGUUUCCAGCUCAUGGACAUACACAAGCUCCAAUAGGCUCCAGCAUACUCAAAAGGCUCGGUAUUGAUGAAAGCGUUGAUUAUACUAAGCCUUUAGUUGAUCCUCAAACAAUGAAUUUACUACGAAGCUAUCAUCAUCAGCAAAGCCACUAUAAUCGAAGGGAGAGAAGUGGGAGCGAAUCAAGUUCUAUGUCAGAAAGAGGCAGCAGUCGCGUUGAUUCUCUAACUCCAGAAAGAAAAAUGGAACCUCCAGGAAUUCCCACAACUCCUAGGUCUACACCGGAUAUUAAACGGGAAAAAAGUCCUUUUAUUGAGAAACAUACUAAUAUUUUGAAUACCACCGAAGAUCUUGUAAAAGUAAAAAAAGAAAUUGAUGAAGAUGUAAAUACUGAAAAUAUUGACAGUGUAAAAAUAAAAAAGGAAAAAGAUGAAGAACAUGAAGAAGAUGAAAGACAAAGUUACAGCAAUGGAGAAGUGAAUAAUAAAGAUGAAGAAAAUAAAAGUCACACAUUAAGUCCUCAAGCCCAACCACCAACAAGUCCUUGUCGAAACUCAAGCAGUCCAGCGAGUAGUGAUCGUUCCGGUACUCCACGAAGUACCACAAGCGACAGAAAAAGUGGAGGCGGUAGUCUCGGGGCUUUAAGUUCCAUGUUUGACAAUUUAUCAGGUGCCAAUAGUUCAGGUGAUAAUGCUGCAGCUUCAGGAAAUAAAAAAGGUUCCAGCCAUCCUUUGGCUGCUUUACAGAAGCUAUGUGAUAAGACUGAAACUCAUAAUACCAGUAGCAGAACACAUUCAGCUACAGUUACUUCAGCUAACAUACCUAGCACUACUCCAAAUAGUGCUUCAGGGGGUGGUACCACUCCGGGAGCUAUUUUGGCUUUUAGUUGGGCUUGUAACGAUGCCGUAAUGACUCAAGAUUCUAUAAUGAAAUGUGCUUUUUGCGAUACACCAUUCAUUUCCAAAGGGGCUUACAGACACCAUUUAUCAAAAAUGCAUUUCGUUAAAGAUGGAGUGAUUCCAGAUCCAGUUACACUCAAAUCUAGUGCGUCAACAAGUAGUAGCAGCAAUAACUCGGUAGGAGUACCUUUAAAGGGAACGUCAGUGCUUCCUGGUGGUAGCAGUUCCGCGGCACCACCAAAAAGUCCUACUACGGGUGCACCAGGUUUCGAAGAGAGUCCGCACUCAAAAUUUCUAAAGUAUACUGAACUAGCUAAGCAGUUGUCUAGUAAAUACGUGUAAAUAUUUUUUCGAAGAAUACAUUCCUAUUUUGUAAAAAGCUGGUUAUAUGUAAUUAUUGAUUAGUAUACCAAGCGGUUAAGAGAUGGGGCUAAUAAGUGAGUAGUUCCUCUUUCUAACUGCUCCAUUGAAAGGCGCGCUCAGCGCGCGGUCUUUUGUGAUGUUAUCAUAUCGUUAAAGAAAAAAAAGAGAUGGAAACCCAGUAGAAAUACGAAAAAUGUAGCUAUAUAGUCUUAAAGGUUGUAAAUUCUUUGCAAAUGAUAUGGCAAAAGAAAAGUCUCAAGUGAUUAUUAUUGUUAUACGAAUUUUGAGUCACUGUGUAAAUAAUUGUAUGGUAUUAAGUCAGUAUUUUUAAGAUAUCUUAUUAAUUUUUCCCUUUUUGACAGGUUAAAGUUGAAUUUUUGGUUGUUGAGGAGUAUUGGAGACUAAGCCAGAUAAAAUGUGCGCACAAUCUUUAACCUAUCUUCAGAUUAGAAAGAGACAAUUUUAGAACGUUUACUGGAAUUUUUUUAUCAAAAAUUUGAAGCAGUACCUACUGUAAAACAAUGUUUAUUAAUUUAAAUUAAAUGUGAAAUUAAAACUAAGUUUCAAAUCGCGGGCUGCUUGAUGUUUAUGUACGAGGCCGCUUUAUGAAUUCUCGAAACAGAAACUCUAGUCCUGAACCUGCCAAGGCAUAAACAUCUACUUUAAAAAAGACAAGAAAAACUUUUGAAUGGCUAACUUCAAUCAUUUUAGGUUUUAUUCCCAAAUUGUGUUUAAUUCCUAAAUUAGGUCGAGAUUUUCAGUAAUACUCCUUCUUAUAUAUUUCAGUUUAUUUGGAUAUUGUUUCCGGUUCAAGCCAGUUUUUUUUUUGUGUCCCAGCAUAUAUUAUUGGUAGUAAAAAAUAUCUACUCUGAUGACAACCUUUUAGAAUCUCACCUUUCUUACCCUUACUAAACCGUACUAUUUUUCCAAAAAUCCAGGAUUCAAAAUCCAAAAAAAUAAAUAAAUUCAACUUUAACUUUGCACGUUAUUUCUUCCCUAAGAAUUAAAAAAAAAGAAGAAAAAUAGUUGUUGGUUUCCAAACCGAACCUUUAAAAAGGUAUUACAAAGUCGUAGUAAUAUAUUUAUUAAUUAUGAUAAAACUUUGAUUUCUUUUUUUUAUGUUUAAAAACGUGUUUUUUAACAAAAGGAAGGAUUUGAGUUUUUGAUAAUGCAACAAAAUGUUUUUGUUUUUCUAUUAUUUAAGACUGGAAAAAAAUUAAAAUUUGUUUUCUAAUUAUUAUAUUGUUAUUACAAAAACUCAAAUUCCAGAAACUUAGUAUACGUAUGUCGUAAAUAUCUCUUCUUCCAAAUGAAAAGUUUUAAGGGACAAAAAAAAUUAUACUACACUGAAUAAUACAAAAAAGAUGUAUACGCAAUUAUAGCUAAUAAUCUUCGGCAAAGCUCUUUUUUAUGUUAUAUUGAAAAAAAAAAAUUAAAAACUUAUUUAAUUAUUUUUGUUGUAUUUGAUCGCAAUGAAAGCUCAAAUAAAUAUAUGUUUUAAAAAUUACAUUCAGUUGGUCUUUUAUUUAAUUUUCACCUAUUGGAUGAAACUUUUCAGGCGUUGAAAUUGAGAAGAAGAAAAAACACGUAAAAUACUGAUCCUGAUUUUUUUCGUACCUAUCUAUCACUUGUCCA